AUGAAAAAGAUAAAAAGGAAGUUGUAUAGUAUAUAUAAAAAAGCUGUUGGAUUCUUAGUAAAAGCACUUCCCUAUCCAAUCAAAUAUUGUGAAGAUUUAAAAAACAUGCCUAAAAUUGGAGAUAAGAAGAUAAUUGAGAUUAUGUAAACAUGUAAAUUAGCUAAAGUAUGAAAAUUGAGAGAAUUAGAAAAAAAUGUUGCCAUUUGUUAAUUAAGUAGAAUUUUUGGUAUUGGACUAACAAGUGCUGCUACCUUCUAUUUUAAAGUAAUUAAAACUCUUGGGGAUUAGAAAAAGAAUUGAAAUUUGCUAAAUAGAAAUCAAUAAGUUUGUUUGUAUUUAGUGGAAGAUUUAGAAUAAAGGAUUUGAAGAGAAGAAGUUACCUUAAUAUAUUAGAUUGUUCAAAAAGAAAUCGAUGAAUUAUGUUGAGUAUAAGGAUUAUAUAAGGCAAUUGUAUAUUGAUCUUAUAGAAGAGAAAAAAAAGCAUUUGGAGAGAUGGAUAUUUUAAUUACAAGGUGUGAUGGUAAAAAUACUGAAGAUUUCUUAUUUAAUUUGAUCAAACGAUUAGAGGGGAAAUUUGUUAAACCAUCAUUUGAAAAUGCCAAAUAGAACUCAUCAUGAUUGUAAAACUUAUAUGGAUAUUGAAAAAGUAUCUAAUUAAGCUAUGCUUAGAAGGAUUGAUAUUUAAAACUGUAUCCAAAAGAACAGUAUGGUUGUGCAGUUUUGUACUUCACUGGUUCUGAUUGUUUUAAUAAAAGCAUGAGAUUGUGGGCUCAAAAAAUGGGUAUAUUUUAAGUGAUUAUGAACUCUACCCUAAUUAGAAAGAUGCUUAUAAGAAGAAGUUGUGGAAAGGAGAAGUAACUCUAUGUAAAGAAGAAAUGGAUGUAUAUAAGAUUUUAGGAUUGUUAUACAAACCCACUAAGGAGAGAUCAGUAUGA